GGAGUACAUUGAGCAGACAGCACUCCCUUUCCCGUAGUCCCGGGAGGAAAAAACUGGGAGAAGAAGAAGUAUCUGGGUCUCCUCAGGAUCCGGAAAAUGAGUUCCAGCGCAACGGAGAGUGGCAAGAGCGGCCAGUACCGCGUGGACCAUCUCCUCAGUGCAGUGGAGAGUGAGCUACAGGCUGGGAGUGAGAAGGGAGACCCCACUGAGAGAGAGCUGAAAGUCAACCUGGAAGACUUGGAUCUGUGGCUGAAGUUUAAGGAACUGACCAACGAAAUGAUCGUCACAAAGAACGGCAGGAGGAUGUUUCCUGUGUUGAAAGUGAACGUGUCAGGACUAGAUCCCAACGCCAUGUACUCGUUUGUCUUGGACUUUGUGGCCGCCGACAACCACCGCUGGAAGUAUGUGAACGGGGAGUGGGUCCCCGGUGGCAAACCGGAGCCUCAGGCUCCCAGCUGUGUUUACAUCCACCCCGACUCUCCCAACUUUGGGGCGCACUGGAUGAAAGCGCCCGUCUCCUUCAGUAAAGUUAAACUCACCAACAAACUGAACGGCGGCGGACAGAUUAUGUUGAACUCUCUGCAUAAAUACGAGCCCAGAAUUCACAUCGUGCGAGUCGGAGGAACUCAGAGAAUGAUCAGCAGUCACUCAUUCCCUGAGACUCAGUUCAUCGCUGUGACAGCCUAUCAGAAUGAAGAGAUCACAGCUCUCAAAAUUAAAUACAAUCCGUUUGCAAAGGCCUUCCUUGACUCCAAAGAGAGAAGCGAUCACAAGGAAAUGCUGGAUGACGUGAGUGACAGCCAACAGUCUGGAUAUUCCCAAUUAGGUAGCUGGUUUCUGCCGAGCACAGGUACCCUGUGUCCACCUUCUAACCCUCACGCUCAAUUUGGUGGACCAAUCUCACUCUCCACGCCCCACGGUUGCGAGCGUUACUCCAGUCUGAGGAACCAGCGCUCUGCUCCAUACCCGAAUCCUUACACGCACAGGAACAGCUCUCCGACUGGCUAUCCCGAUAGCUCUUCUGGUUGCCUUUCCAUGCUUCCUAACCAUGACAACUGGUCGGGUCUGCAAGUCUCCACGCAUACCAGCAUGCUACCCAUGACACACAAUGCUGGCACUGCCACCAGCUCUAGCCAAUACCCGAGUCUGUGGUCAGUCAGUAACAGCACCAUUACCCCAGUGUCCCAGUCUGGGGGCAUGUCCAACGGCCUGAGUUCACAGUUCCUGCGGGCUUCCCCGGCUCAUUACCCGUCUCUGGCUCACUCAGUGAGCGCCACCUCGUCAGGAUCGCCCCUGUAUGACAGUGGCACUGGAAUCGAGCUGUCUGAGAGCCAGUACGAUGCCUCUGCGCACAGCAGACUAACUUCCACAUGGACACCAGUUACUCCUCCAUCCAUGUGACAGCACUUGUACUCACCUCGCCUUUCUCAAGCCAUUUAAUUUAAUUUAAGGACUUCUUUGGGAGUUUUCCCAACCCUUCCCAUCCUUUUCCUUUGGACUUGAUGUUGCAACUCCGUGGGAAAUCCAGAAGAAUGGCAGGAAGAGACGAACUUGGUUCUGUGAUAGAUUGCUUGCAAGAUUUCUGUAUUGAUGACCAAAGAUGUGUUCCGCCCAUACGUCCCACCAGCCUGGGAUUUUGAAAAUGGCAUGAUCAAAUACUUCAACCAGAAUGGUUCUGUUUUUUAUGAUGUUCCUAUUAAUGAUAAUUUAGAGAAAACAAUCCAUUAUUGUAAAAUAAUUAUUGUAUAGAAAACAUAAACUGGCACCAGGUCUUGAGAAGAUAAACCAAAUAUGAACUAAGUCGAGGAAGAUGUAUUCCAUGACUUAACAAUCUAAUCUCCGUCGCAGUAAUAAUGUUGGGACCUCUGCUUUGUGCGACAGCAGUGACCUGUCCAAAAACGAUGUAAAUAAAAACGUUAGUGGAGCGUAUAUGUAAUUAAUGCCUCCCCAUGUAGCACACUGUUUGUCAUUUAUCAUUGACCUCUCUGGAAUUCGUAUAUGCAUAAUAAGAGAAGCAGUCUCUUUUAAAAUGACAGAAAGUCCCAAUGACAAAAAUACAAUCCUGCGUCUCCUCCGCUCCAAAAUUAAAACAUUUAAGAGUAUACUGCACCGACUUAAGCACCUGCAAAGAAAGAAACUCGUUGCCAAACCCAGUUCCUCCAGAGAUGGAGCGAAACUGAUCAUUCUAACCAGACCUGAUUUUACAAAUAAUUCACUACUUAACGUGCUUUACCCUGAGAAAUAUUUUUCCUGCCCAUUAGUUGAAAAUAUAGUUGACUUUUU